CACAGGCUACAACAACAACAGCAUCGGGGAAACGUCGAACGUCGUGAAAAGCGCCACGCCGAUCCGAGCGCCUGUCCCCGAUCAAGACUCCGUGAAUUGCCACCUGCGGAGGCGGGCUCGUGAAAGCUCACCGGGUAGAACGGAUACGCCGUCCAUCCGCAACCAGACUCGGUGCCUGCAACGUAACAUUGACGUUACAGAAUCCUGCGACAAAACCGGAGUUCAUACAUGGCGUUGUCCUUUCGCAAAGUGCCAGCGGUGAUUGCACGUUGGCAGCCUGAGUGCCAAAUGAUCGUCGUGGCGAACACACAGGCGAUGCCACGACGGGUCGCCACCUUGCUCAAGUGGCUUGCCUUUGCCGUCACGUGCUCCAUUCUGUCUUUCCAGUCUUGGCGGCUCAAGUUCACCGCGAACCUUCAAAGACCUCGGGGACAACCAUCACAGUUCGCCAUCGACUUCGAGAGCGGCUCGUUCAGGCUAGCCGGCGAGUCCGUGCGGAUCCUGUCCGGCUCCGUCCACUACUUCCGCACGCCGCGCGAGCUGUGGAUGGAGCGCCUGACCUACGCGCGUGCCGCCGGCCUUAACACCAUCGACACAUUCGUCGAGUGGAGUAGCCACGAGCCGGAAGAAGGCCGCUUCGACUUCCACGGGCAGCGAGAUCUCGUGGCCUUCCUGGAGAUGGCCCACAACUUGAGCCUUAUGGUCAUCCUGCGACCGGGCCCUUACAUCGGCGCCGAACGAGAUAUGGGUGGCCUUCCGCACUGGCUUUUACGAACAAAUUCCAGCAUUCACCUGCGAACGAUGGAUACAAGAUACAUCAAAUUUGCGGACCGCUACCUCACCGAACUUUUCAAGCGGAUAAAGCAUCUGUUGGUGAGAAACGGCGGCCCGAUAAUUAUGGUUCAGGUGGAGAACAAGUACGGCUUGUCCACGAAGUGUAACCGCACCUAUCUUCGCCACCUGCGGUACUUGAUGCGCCAAGAGCUCGGAAGCGACACUGUUCUUUUCACCACGGAACGUGUUGGCGUGGGCAGCAUGUCUUGCGGAAGGGUGGAAGGAGUCUACCCGGCGGUCGCUUUCGGAGCUACGGCCAAUGUGUCUGAGGCGUUCGCCACCCAGCGACUCUACCAGAAACGGGGGCCGCUAUUCGUCUCAGAGCUGUAUACGGGCUGGUGCGACCGCUGGGCCAUGCCCCACCGGCACGUGGACCCUGCCAUGGUUGCCAGUGUGCUUCGCCAAAUCCUGCUCGCAGGCGCUUCUGUAAACCUGCAUAUGUUUCACGGAGGAACAUCUUUCGGGUUCAGCGCCGGAGCGUCCAUGGUCGCAGCCAAGGGAAACACGGGCGCGCUCUUCUACCGGCCCCAUGUGACGAGCUACGAUUUCGGCGGCCUCCUGGCGGAAGCUGGAGACGCGACCGACUUGUUCGUCGCCGUCCGUCGCGUCAUUUCCGAGUUGUUCCCGAAUAAAAGCCUACCGGAGAUUCCGAUACAAAAGCGCAAGAUGAAAUUCGGGCCUAUCAAGAUGAUGCACAUGUUCGGCUUCGCGGGACUUCGGUACCUCUCCCGUGGUCGCUCAGUGUCAUCGCAGUAUCCUCUGACCUUCGAACAAGUCGGCCACGCUCAUGGUUUGAUGUUCUACGAUGCGACUAUCACGUAUCAGCCGCAUGUUCCUGCCCUGCUCAGUGUGGAAGGAAUUCGAGACGGAGGGCACGUCUACCUUGAUGGUGUUUUUGUGGAUUCCGUAUCCCGUGCGGAGAACAAUAACGCCCUUCUGAUUAAAGCGAAACUACACCAAGUACUGACAGUUCUCGUUCAUAACGAGGGCAGGAUCUCAUCGGGGAAAGGCCUAAGCGAAAGUAAGGGGAUUGUCUCGAACGUGACGUUGGACAGACGCCUGCUGACCAAAUGGACCAUGCGGCCAGUUCCGCUCACCAACGCCAUGUGGCUCACGAAUUACGCCCAGAUGCGCUAUGUUCGACAGCAGACCUCUCUGAGAGCCGCCAGAUCACCUUUCGAGUUGCGCGUUUUUGCUGCCAAGUUCGAGCUGCCUGCCUCCAAAGUCUACGACACGUUUUUGAGGCCUGACCAGAAGACGAAGGGCAUUGCGUUUCUGAACGGCUUCAACCUGGGUCGCUACUGGCCGGCGAGGGGACCGCAGAAAACUCUGUACGUGCCACGCACGCUGUUCAGGAAGGAGAACCUGCUCGUGCUCAUCGAGCUCGAAGGGGGCUUCCACCGCGGCGGCGAACCCCCCAUCGUCCAGUUCGUGGACACACCAGAGCUCCAUGGCACGGUCCACAAGAUGGACGAAUAAGCGGGACGAAAAUUUGUCUGUCUGAUACAGUAAAGAAUCUAUUUUACUAGGGAA